AACUCCGUGUCCCCUUCUCAACAACCAGCUCCUCCUCUUCCUUGUCUCCAGCCUCCAUCCCAGAAGACGUCUUCUUCAGCAGUACUCUUGAGGACAAGAACUGCUUGGCUGAGAGUGACGGUGAAUGCAGUAGUGUAGAAGACCUCUUAGACUUCAACUCUUAUCUGAAAGAUUCAGAGUAUUUCAGAGAUCUCCAACUUGGAUCCACAGUGACCGCUGACGUAUCUGAAGAUCAAUUUCCUGUCUUGGCCACAUCUUUGGGUGAUAAGUUACCACCGUUACCUUCUCAGACAACACUAGAGAGUGGAUCCUACCAGAAUUCCUCAGCGUUCCACACUGGACAACCUUUGCAAAUAGACCACACUGUGAUUGCUGCUGGAGGUGAAGCCAUGGACCGCUUGGUUGCCAUCAGUAUUUCAGAGUUCCAGGAUUAUCCUGGAUCCAAGCAAGAUGAUGAUUCAGACACGGAAAACUUUCCGAUUUUGGUUCGGUCCAUGUCCACAUCACGUCGACACAGCUGGGGGGUACCAGUUUCGCCAAUUGAUCUGGGAAGAAGGUUCAGUCUAGACACUACCGGCACAGACAGCGAUGGAGAAAGGGAGGUUCAGUGUCUGGACAAUAGUUCCCAUUUACCAUCUUCCUCCAUAGAGAGCUCAUUUGAAGAAACGCCUGGUGCUGUUGACUGUGAAAGCCCCAAAACACUACAGCCGCCCACAUCAGGCAGGACGGUGUAUUCCAGAUCUGAGAUUCUUGCCACUGAUGAAAAAUCUCAAGCUGAAAGAGUCUCACGCAUACUGGAAACUUCAAAGCAGGCUGCCAGAGAGGCAGGAGAAGAACAGGAGUCGGAAGAGGGGCUUCAGUCUGUGGAGGGACAGAGUCAUGUGCUGAUGGUACAGAAAGUUCUGCAAGAGCUUAAGCAGUAUCACGGAGUUAAGCGCGGAACUUCACACACAGAGCGGAAGGAGUCAACAGCAAAUGUUACGUGGUAUGAAUUUCUCUCCAAUGAAAAUGACGAGGAAGAGGAGGAAAGACUAGAGCGUCCUGAAAGAGGCACUAAAGUCAAGCGCACUCUCAGUUCACUGAGGAACCGAAUGACCGGAUCCUUCAACAAAGACAAAGGUAAGAUUCGCGAGAAAGAUCAGCACAAAGAGUGUGAGAAAGUGCGGCGCACCAGUGUUAGCGGCCACCAGCUCGUGCCUGGCUCAUUCUCCUGCUGGGCUACAUGUUCACUGUGCAGUAAGAGCCUGCAGCAGAAGCAUGGCCUGCAGUGUUUGAACUGCGCUGUGAAUGUCCACAAGAGCUGUAAAAGUCUGCUGCCUGAGUGUAGCAGUAAAGGCAAGACAAAAGAUUCAGGACAGAAGGCGUCAACUGCUGCAGCUCAGUCGUAUAAUCAAGCUCUGAGGGAGACCUGCUCUACCCUGACGCCCGUAGUUGAUGGCUCAUCCCGUACCUCUCGCUGUCCAGCAGGUAUGACAGUUCCACCUAAAGGACAUAGCGCUCAGCCUGGCACAUCCAGCAACCCGUCAAUCACCCAUAACAACAGCAGCAGCUCUAUAACAGGAGAGAUGGACGAGGUUGACGCAUUCAGGGUGAAGCGCUCCACUGAGGACACUGUAUCUCUUGCCUCCACAAUGCCCGAAUCACUCAUCGUUGAAGAUGCGUAUUACAGCACUGUGCGAGGAGAACUGGACGCUAUGGCACAGGAUUUCGAGGUAGAGUCCUGGAGUUUGGCCAUGGAUCAAAACUUCUUAAAGAAACAUUCUAAGGAAAUGAUCAAGAGACAGGACGUUAUAUAUGAACUCAUCCAGACGGAAAUUCACCACGUGCGGACGCUGAAGAUCAUGCUGCGCGUGUACGCUCGAGAGCUGAGGGAGGGAUUACAGCUGGACGACAGGAGGCUGGACUGUCUGUUCCCACGGCUAGACAGCCUGCUGGAGCUGCAUAAUCACUUCCUGUCCCGCCUCAGGGAGCGUCGCGCAGAGUCCCUGCACGCCAGCAGCGAACGCAACUACGCCAUUCAUAAACUCUCUGACAUCCUUAUAUCCCAGUUUUCUGGAGAGCUUGGAGAUCGGAUGAAGGAGAGCUAUGGGGAUUUCUGCAGUCGGCACACUGAAGCGGUGAACUAUUACAAAGAACAACUGCAGAGCAACAAGAAGUUCCAGAACCUCAUGAGGAAAAUAAAUAAUUCAUCAAUUGUACGGCGGUUAGGGGUUCCAGAGUGCAUCUUGCUGGUGACACAGCGAAUCACCAAGUAUCCUGUACUACUGGAGCGAAUCCUACUCAACACAGAAGCUGGAACAGAAGAGCAUGAAGGCUUGGCACGGGCUCUCUGUCUGAUCAAGGAUACCAUCGUACAGGUGGACGCCCAGGUCAAUUUAUAUGAGAAGGAAGUGCGGCUCAGAGAGAUCGCCUCCAAGAUGGAGCCCAAGUCCCUGGGAAAGAUCAAGGAUGGCCGUGAGUUUCGUAAGGAGGACAUAUCGAAGGGUCGACGCAGGCUCUUGUACGAGGGCACGGUCAACUGGAAAGCUGCCUCUGGUCGACUCAAAGAUAUUCUAGCUCUACUGCUUACCGAUGUUCUCGUGUUGUUGCAAGAAAAGGAUCAGAGAUACGUUUUCUCAACUGUGGACAAUAAGCCAUCUGUGAUUUCGCUUCAGAAGUUGAUUAUUCGUGAGGUGGCGCAUGAAGAACGGGCCAUGUUCCUCAUCUGCGCCUCCUCUAAUGAACCUGAGAUGUACGAAAUCCACACCGCUUCAAAAGAAGACCGCAACACCUGGAUCGCACAAAUCCGUCAGGCUGUGGAGAGCUCUCCGAAUACAGAGGAGAGAUUGUUUAGUGAAGAAGAGGAGGCCAGGGUCGCCAGAUUUCGAGAGUUUCAAGAGCGUCUAAUGUUGAAGGAUGCUCAGAUCGCUCAGAGUCUCACAGAGAAGCAGCAGUUGUUUGUGGAGCUGGCUGAAUCUGUGGCCGGUCUGGAAGAUGGCAGCUCUCACUCCCGUCUGCUGCUGUGUGGUGACGCCUCUGACCUACAGAAGGGGGAGCAGGUGCUCAAAGGAGUCAUCACUGAAGUGGAGAACCUUCAGAUUCUCCUGGCAUCUGGUGUGAAGGAAUCAGUUCCACAGACCGAGGGGAACGAGAGUCCCGGAUCGGGAAUGCUUCCACGCAGAGCGGACACCUUCGGUGGCUAUGACAGCAUUUCGACCGUCCUGCCCAAGCAUGGCAGUGUGAAGAAGAAGCUUUCCGGUGCAGCGGGCCGGUCCAGAGAAAGAAGUCAGCGGGCGAGUUCAGACCCACAACUCAAAGAGGUGUACGCUUGUCAGGAUCAGGAUGAGUUGGAUGAGGCCUCCUCACCUUGCUUGAACAAACAUUCCUCCGCCUCUAAAUUCUCAGAAUCAGCGUUCUAUGAGCGAGUGCUGCUGCUGUCACAGAGGCUGUACAGUUUACAGGCCAUCAUCGCUCAGCAGGACAGCCACAUCGAGCUCCAGCGGGCAUCGCUCCUCACAGCUGAGCGGGAGCGGCCUGGCAGCCGGAACCGCUGCACUGACGUGCUCCUGGAGCAGGAGAAACAGCGCAACCUGGAGAAGCACCGUGAGGAGCUGGCCAACUUCCAGCGGCUGCAGAGUCAGCACCGGCAGGAGCAGGCACGGUGGGAACGAGAACGUGAGAAGCAGCGACGGCAGGCCGAAGCGGCCGAUCAGCGGCUGAUGGAGAGGGAGGAGGAGUGCCGGCGAAUGGAGGCGCGACUGGCCGAGGAGAGACAGGAACUGGAGAGGCAAAGACAGACGUACCAGCAGGACCUGGAGAGGCUGAGAGAGUCGACGCGAACCGUUGAGAAAGAGAAGGAACGACUCGAGCAGCAGAGAAAGUUGAAAAAGCAUAAUACAGUACCGAACACGGCAUUGCUGUAUGCACAGGAAGCUGGACAGCUUUCACUUUCCACUAGCUUCAAUGGCGAGCUGUUGCUUGGCGGUGCAAGGGACCAAACGCUCCCUCAAAAGUCGCUGCUACGGGCCACUCUCUCUGCAUCCCCCGCCGAUUACCCGGAGCGUCCUGAAGUCCACUCACGCCGUGAGAGCUCUUGCAACGCCCUACCGGUGAAGACGGAGGUCCCCAUCCACCUCAUCAGCACCACCAACCAGCUGCACAAACAGGGUGGAGUCCAGCAGCAGAUCCCGACCAAACUUGCCGCCCUUAGCAAGGGCAGAGAAAAGAGUGGAAAAGGCAAAAGUUCACACCGCACCGACAGUUUAGCCUCCAUUGACAUGAAGCACAUGCUGCCCAUCAAGCUGUCAACAAGGGAUUCCGAAGGAAAUCUCAAAGCACGCCGGCCCAUCAGCCCCCACCAGCAGCCCCCCCAACCACAAAAUACACACUCAGAAUCCCUCAACCCUCCAGACACAUAUAUGGACGCGCAGUCCAGCCUUGCACCCGCAGUUCUUAAACCUCAGAACCAGACGUCCCAGCACACUCUACCGUACACUGUGAGCGAUGAAGCCGCCAAGGAAGACGUUAUCUUUUUCUGAACACCACGGGCCAUGCUGGGAAAUUCUGUUGCCACAUAAUGUGAUGCAAAAACAUUGCAAGAGUUGUAUUCUUGGCGGGCAUCUGUGUCUUGUUUUCCAGUGAAAAUAUCUAAACAUCCUUAAAACUAGAUAAAUUUACCAUUCAUCUGAAUAUUUUCAGAUUAUCUGUUUUGAAUACUGCAUUUUUAAAAAUAGGUCCUAAUAUCUUGCACACUUUGGCUAAUUGGGUGAAUUUAAAUGGUUUUAAUGUUGUUUAGAUGUCUUAGAUACUCUAAAGAAUAUGCUGUGUUGCGACUACUUUUUGGUCGUUCAAAGGAACAAGCCUAUCUUAACGUUAUUUUACUUUAAAAGUGAACAGAUUUUAACCCAGUCUUAACUACUAACAACUUUGUUUGAAGUCUAUAAACAUGACGAAGGAAAAUGUUUUAGUUUGUAUGAAAAAAAUACAACAAAUGCUCACCGGACGUCCCAGAGAAUCCAAAGACUUAGACACGGUGCAGUGUGUGUAUAUAUGAAGACGACUUCAUGGAAGUGAAAUUAAUUAAUGAAGGCACGUGUCACACCAUUGGACACUUCUGUAGCGUACAAACAGACAAGAUGAAGAAAGCGUGGACAUUUGGAUGGCUCUUUGUUGUGGGGAGCAAUUUUGCACAGCAUCAAUGUCCCAUUUCAUUGCAAAUACAGUAUGUAGGCCGACAAUUUUCCACAGAAGCUGGAUCAAUUUCAUUUAAAUUACAGUUAGCACCAUUGUGGUCUCCCUGGAACAUUAUAGCUAAUGGAAAAGCAGAAAUGCAUCGACGUUGGGCCUGAAGAAGAACCUUGAAUUUGAGUCCAUUUGUGACUGUUUGUAUUCAUGUAGUUUUUGUUGUUGUUGCUUUUUUCAUUGUAGAUAUUGUACUUUUAGACAGUCCACAAAUUAGUUGAAUUUCAAACUAAAUUUUGGAAAUGAGGAAAAGCUAAAUCCACAAAACUUGGUGUAGACAUUUUGUUUAUAAAUUAUACAAAAUAUUCUCAAAAUCAACUGCAGCAAAAGAUAUCUUCUAGAUAUCUUUAGACCCUAAAAUCAGCUGAAGAAUUGCAUAAACAACCGUUUUAGAAAUAUGUAUUUGCCUUCAAUGGCCAAACGAUUAUACGUUUAAAGACAUGAUGUUGGUUUUGAAAUAUAACUGGGUGAAUCUCAUGAAAAUGGUAAAGAAACAGUCAGAUUUUCCAUCCAAAAUGUAAAAUAAGUAUAUAAUUACCAUGUGUGUAUAUAUACAUAUAGAUAUAUAUUGUUACAUCCCACCCCAGUCUAGGGUUGGGGAGGUCCCGGACAAGCCCCCAAUUAUUACGUCCUCCUCAGUCUUAGGUCAGGAGAAGGGAACUCGAACAAAACCCCUUUACGUUUGGUUUUAUAUGCCCCCCAUUAACCUCCCAAAUGAAUUUGGGAGGUUAAUGGGGGGCGGGGGGCAUAUAAAAUUAUUAUUAUUUUUAUUCAUUUUUUCAUUGUGUCCGCACAGGAUGGUUUUAAUUACUGAAUUACAGUAGUGAGAAUUAGGGGGGGAAAUAUGCUUAAUUGACAUUAAAAUAAUGCCACAAUGCAAAAAAAAUCUUAAGCAAUUUCUUGAAGGAAAGUAUCAUUUAUUUUGGUUGUGGUAAAUUGUGAUCUGGACGUUUCUUCAUGAGAUUAAACCAACCAACAAACCGAUUUUGGUGCCAAACAACACAUUCUUGUUCAUUACAGCAUGAAAAUAGUUAAGGAGUUACUAAUCUUAUGUUUGGUCAUUUUUGUGUAGUUGUCAAAUAUGGUAUGGAGAUAUAUAUAUAUAUAUAUUAGUAAAGGCUCAUUUACUAUUUUCACAGGCCUAGUUAUUUCCACAUUUCAAAAGCAAUGCUUUCUUGAAGCCACAUUCAUUUAAUUUUUGAUUUAACAUCCUAAAGAUGUCAAGUGUUCUCUAGCUGACCAAGUAACAAGACGUGUUAUAUAAUUCCUAUUACAUUGGAUAUCAGAGUAAUGCCACCAAAGACUAGGACUUUAACCACUCUGAACUUACAUCAUGACCCAUGAGCUGUAUGAAGUUAAAUAUGACAACCAUAUGAUUUGUCUGUAUAAGUUGUACAUAGUAUUUCGUUCUAACAUAGCUGAGAUGUAGAUAUUAUGCAAAGAGAUGGUUAUGGAACUCCAUUUUCGUGUUAAGUUUUUGUUUAUUAUUUUGUUUGUGGGCACAUUUUUUUUUCUUACCGAUAACACAGAAAAGUCUGUCAAUCAGCCUUAGCCAUUUUUAGUUUAUAAAUGACCUGUACAGCAUUGCUUUUGGACAACUUUUCACCUGUUGUACUUGACUUGUAAUGCCAGUAAGUUUAAAAAAAAAAAUGGCCAUUUCAUUUGACUUCCAUUUUGUUGCAUAGGUCGACCUGUGCUUUUCCAAAGGGCAAGUGUACAGACAUUUUCAAACUGUAGCAGUUUUUUUAACCAUUUAAACCAGCGCAAAUUAAGUAUAAAUAAAUGUCGCCAAUGUUUAUGAUGUUUAACGAAGCCUUUCAGUGACUAAUUUGUUUGCCUCACUCUUGUAGCUGCAGUGCACUUUACAUUGGCUUUGUAUCUGUUUAAAUGUGAGCCGAAUUUCUUUUGCACCUGCUAAAAACAUCGUCAUGCCACUGGAACCGGCAUACACUAUAACAGUAGCUAUUUGGUGUCUGUGAUUUGUACAACAUGUGUAAUUCCUUCAUGAAGAAGCUUAUUUGGUUUGUCAAAUGUUGUUGUCAAAUGAUAUCAAAUAUGUCUAAAAAAGAUGAUUUUUCUCUCUACAUUUACACUAGCCACUUUUGGAUGCAAGCAAACUUUAAGGGGACCUCAAGUGUUAAUGUUUUUGCUCGAUGUUUUGUGUCUGUAAUGUUGUUUUUAGCACGCAAGGCCAAUGUGAAUUUUCUACCACGGCAUUGUACUCACUCAGAAGAAAGAUAGAAAUGCUUGUGAACACUUUAAAUGGCUGCCUUUAGGUACGUUUUAGUAAUUAAAUA